UCGCCUCUAAAUUCAAUAUCUCCUUCUACUUUUCUUCCUCUUCCUCUCACCAAUUCUCUCCUCUGCUUCCCCAUUACUGAGACACACACAGAUAGAGCGAGAGAGAGACAGGGAUGGGUGAGCCACUGUGUCUUCACUUUCUAUGAUGACCAAAACACUCUUUCUCACUCCCUCUCUUCUUCGCAGAGGAAGAUGGCAAUCCUCCACCAUCACAAUGACCAACUAGCUCACCACGAGAACUCUUCCUCCUUCCUUGAUGCUCUUUACUGUGACGAAGAAAAGUGGGAGGAGGAGGAGGAUGAAAUAGAACAAGUGGAAGGGAAUGAUGAGGCUGGUCUUCCUCUUCCUCGGAUCUUGUUGGACCAAGACUUGUUCUGGGAAGACGAAGAGCUCGACUCUCUCUUCGCCAGGGAAGAAGAAGCUUGCUUUGACCUGAGCGUCGAUCUCUCUCUGGCUCGUCGCGAGUCAGUGGAAUGGAUGCUUAAGGUCAAAGCCCAUUAUGGCUUCUCUGCUCUAACGGCAACACUGGCCAUCCACUAUCUGGACAGGUUCCUCUCGAGCUUCCAUUUUCAAAGGGAGAAGCCGUGGAUGAUCCAGCUAGUGGCUGUCACUUGCCUCUCUCUCGCAGCAAAAGUUGAAGAAACUCAAGUCCCUCUUCUUCUAGAUUUCCAAGUGGAAGAUACUAAAUACAUGUUCGAGGCAAAGACUAUACAGAGAAUGGAGCUGCUUGUUCUAUCAACGCUCAAAUGGAAGAUGCACCCAGUAACCCCUCUCUCGUUUCUUGAUCACAUCAUAAGGAGGCUCGGCUUGAAAACCCAUCUUCACUGGGAGUUCCUUAGGCGCUGCGAGCAUCUCCUACUCUCUAUACUUCCGGAUUCAAGAUUUGUGGGUUAUCUCCCUUCGAUAUUGGCUACCGCGACAAUGCUGCACGUGGUAGACCAGAUUGAGCAGAGUGAAGGAGUUGAAUAUAAAAAUCAGCUUCUGGGCAUUCUUAAAAGCAACAAGGAGAAAGUGGAUGAGUGCAAUAAUGCGAUACAGGAGCUGUCAAGCCGUAACAAUUAUUAUUAUAACUACGGGCAUAACAAGACGAAGAAGCGGAGGUACGGGGAAAUGAGUCCCGGGAGCCCAAGUGGCGUAAUCGACGCAGUUUUUGGGUCUGAUGGUUCCAACGAUUCGUGGGCGGUGGGGUCAUCAUUAUGUUCAUCCCCGGAGCCACUGUUCAAGAAGACCAGACCCCAAGAACAACAACAAAUGACAUUGUCACCGUUCAAUCGGGUCACUGUCGGAAUCAUUGGCGCAUCUCCUUGAAGAGAUCCUCGGAAAGAACAAAGCACCCAAGAAGAGGAUGUUUUUAUAUUCGCUGCAUUCGCUGUUCCUCUCGGCGCUUCAUGUCUUCAUUUCCAACACUGCCCAUGAAAACGGUUUGUCUCCUGAGGUGCAGAAGGUGAACGAUCGGGAGGACAAAGUUGGCAAUGAAGAAAUGUAUCUGCUGCUGCGUUCUGCAUAUCUCUACUAUAAGUUCUUAGGCACUCUUUCCGUUCUGUUUUUUUUUUUUAAAUUUUAAAUGGAUCUCUUCGGGACCAUAUUUUAUAUGGACAUACUUAAUUAUAUCUUUCAUUCUAUAAUAAAUUCAGAACAAUUCUUGUUCA